GAAUUCAAUAGGCAAGAAUGCACUGAUAAUUUAUAUGUUUAUUUGCAGUUUUAGUAACUCGACAACAACAAAAUAAUCUGUUAAUUGUGCAUUGUCACAUUACAAUGGAAACGAAGCAUGGACAUCAGAAGUUAGAUUUUCGUUCUGGUUGCAGUUUAAAUAGAUUGGAAAAUUUGAUCAAUGUGUUUGAUGAAUAUGACAGACAUGAAUUUGAUGACCAAAUGGCUAUGGAGGUUCAUAUAAUGAAGGAACACAUUUUUAAUAUUUUAGGUGAUGUACAAAAGUUGGACAAUAAGCUUCCAGUGGCGAAUGAAUAUCUACUUUUAUCUGGAAGUGCAAGAGAUGGAACACUGGAUAUUGAAAUUGAGUCACCAUCUGAACUUACAAGGGGGAAUGAUUUUGAUUUAGAUUACACUUUGUUUGUUCCUGUCCUGAAGUUGCAUGACCGAAAUCAACCGGUGGUUCUAGACAUGCGACAUUCAAUUCCAUGUCAUUCCUGGAUAAGUUUGAAGUUGUUUGAUGAUGCAACUGUAUCAAGAUGGGAACCAUGCUGUAAAACAGUUGAAAAGGAAAAUGAAACCGGCCAUUUUUUAUCUCCUCCUAAAGUUUGUGACUGGUUUCAUGAAGCUUUAGUUAAAGUUUCAGAAGAUUUGAAGGAAAAUGUAAAGCGGGGCCAACCAAAAAUAACUACGGUACAACAGAGUGGAGUGGCAACCACUAUAAUACUUGCUAGUGGUGGAACACGGAUUAUGUACGAUCUUGUGCCUGUGGUUUCAUUCAGAGGAUGGCCAGCAGUUGCAAUGGGUUGGUUGUCAGAGAAUCACUUUUGGGAUGGAAUUAUUCCAGAGGAAGAAGUAAUUACCGGAUUCCAUCUGGUACCUGCUUGUAGCUUAGUUGGUGAUAAAGAAAUGGAAUGGAGACUUUCGUUUGCCCGCAGUGAAGUUCAGUUAAAGCGUUUUAUACCCAUGCCAUUUAUGAAAACCUUCUAUGCUUUCAAAGCAAUUAUGAACAGAGCACUUGGGCGGUACAAUAAGAUUAUGAAGCCAUACAUAUUACGCGGGUUAUUGCUGUGGGCAUGUGAUCGAGUGAAGAUACAAUAUUUGGCAAAUGAAGAUAUAGUUGCUGAAUGCUUGUUAGGUCUUAUUGAUGAUACUCUGCAAUGUCUUUUAAGCAGAUCAUGUCCCAACUACUUCAUACCACAGUAUAAUAUGAUUGGCCAUCUGGAUGAUCAAACUGUACUCAAGCUGUGUCAAGUUGUUUUAAUGGUGAGAAGUGAUCCAGCUGAACACGUGAGAAAUGCUGUGGAUCAAGUUAAAGCUGCACGAGAGUUAACUGAGGCAUAUCAUAAUCAACAAAUGGAGAGGAAAUCAACUAAAAGUAGCAGUGAAAAUGGGAUGUCACAAAGCAAUGUUGAAAUGAACUCCAGGCAGGAACUUGACUUGGCAGAAAAAAUGAGACGAUUGGUUGAUAGCAACCCUGGGAAAAGUAUUUCUGUGUUUCUAAAUCCUGAUGACAACUCACAACCACAUUUUAGAAUAGAUGGAAAGUUUUUUUAAGUUUGUUUUAAGCAGAAUAUUUUACUGCCACUUUAACAACACAGCUGGGACAUGAGAGACAUGGUUGACGCAGUAGUGGCAUUAUUAUCGUUAUGUUUUUUACUGGUGCUCAUCUAUGACUUCUUCGACACUUUCAAUCAAACUAUUGUUAACAAUGUCAUAUUAUCGUUUAUUACAUUUAUUCUUAUUGUGCAUGCUAUAAUUGUGUACCUUUAUAUAAUGUUGUCCACUAAUUUCGGCGUUUUGCAGCAGUGAUCUCUUUGUCUUAUUUACACUGUUUGUAACUUAAUUGUAUUAAUGUGUUUAUAUUUUUUUGUAAUGCAUGAGGCUGUAAAAUCAAACUAAAUUUAUAAGUUUGAUGUUUUUUAUUAACAAUUAAAACUUUACUUUCCACAUAGAAUUUACUUUUAACUAAAUAUGUAAAUGUUCAAUAAACAGUUGUUGGUAAAUCCAAUAAAAGUAAAAACAUUAAUAUGUCUCAACUCAUGUCUCAAAAAAAAUAUUCAAAAGGUUUAAUGGGUACUAAGAGGUUUAGAACCACCUGAAUGUCGAAGCCAUUGUUCUGCAGGCAUGGUCUCCCAAACUAGUGUUCAUGACGCAUGUGAAAAGGUCCAAAACAAUGAUUCGGAAUGUAUAUGCUCUCACACUGAUUGGGCUUUGGGCAUGAAAUAAAUAAUAAAUAUAUAUAUAUAUAUGUAAUAAGGGGACAAUAAAAAACAAUGGGUACUUGGGAUAAGAAAAGAAUGUAGUUGUUUGCUAUAUAUUGAAGAAGCUUGCUGCUGAUAUAUUUUACUUUUUGCAAACAUUUUACACCUUUUUUCACCCCCCAAAUUUGUCUCAUGGAAAAGGAGAGAAAAAGUAUAAAAAAACUAUUUAUUUACCUUUUUUAACCCACCCAGAAUUGAAAAAAAGAUUUUCAAAAUCCUUUAUCAUUUAGUUAAAUCAAGUGUAAUGCUUCAGUUACUUCUUGAGAUUGUAUAUGGCUUUUUUCAGUGUAAUAAAUGUUAUUUGUAGGUAAGCUUAUAUUUAAGUAAAAAUAAUGAAUUAUAAGAGAAAAGAGAAGCAUUUGAACAAGGAUGUUAAAAAUGCCUUAAGUAAUAUUUUGCUUCUGUGAAAAAAGAGUUGCUGAUGAAUUUAAUAUUUGUAUUAUUACCCUGUAUUUUCAUUGUAAUUUGUUUUUCUUUUAAUGUAGUUAAAUUGCUUUUGAAAACAGUGUUUUUAUUGCCUCGAAAAUGUUUUUUUAUUAAUUCAAACAUUGAUAGAAAUCCUACAAAAUUUUCUAAACAUCAAUGUAUGAUAAAUAUUGUUCCUCCACACU